AGAAAAAUUUUCACCCACAGCUGUCAAAACAAAAAAAUUGCGAAAAUCCAAACGAAAAAAAAGGAACUCUGUUCCGAGUUAAAUAAUUUCAAUUAAAUCGUGAUAAAAGCGGGAUUUGUGCAAAUGUUAAGUUGAGAAGCCGUGGCGUUCUUUUUCGGGUGGUGUUUGCGUGUGCGUUUGUGUGUACUGACGUGACGGUCCAAAGGAGCAGGGGAAAUUCGUAAAUAAACAAACUCGCUUUUUUUCUGUUCCGUCGAAUCCGGAACUGACCCGAGCUCUGACCUGCCGCUGCCCGCGCGAUGGAUGACGACCUCACCGAGUACGCGCCGGACAUUCCGGACAACGUGCUGGAGCUGAUCUUUUCCUACCUGAAGCUGCAAGAUCUGCGGAAUUGUGCGCUGGUGUGUAAAAGUUGGCACCGGUUCCUCAGCGACGAGAACAACGAGGUGUGGCGGGCGCAGUGCAUGCAAAAGCUGUCCCCGGACGCGUUCAAGACGGACCUGCUGUCGGUGGUGCCGACGUACAAGGCCAAGCUGCGGGCGUUCUUCCACGCGUGGAAUCCGUACGACUGCAGCCGGCAUGUUUACAUCAAACCGAACGGAUUCACGCUGCAUCGAAACCCGGUGGCACAGAGCACGGACGGUUCGCGGGGCAAAAUCGGCUUCCAGCACGGGAGGCACGCGUGGGAGGUGAGGUGGGAGGGCCCGCUGGGGACGGUCGCCGUGGUCGGCAUUGCCACCAAGGACGCCGCAAUCCAGUGCCACGGGUACUAUGCUUUAUUAGGGGCGGACGACCAGAGCUGGGGCUGGAACCUGGUGGACAACCUGCUGCUGCACAAUGGUGACGCGCACGGGAUUUACCCGCUGCUAAACAACGCGCCAAAGUACAAGGUUGGCGAACGAAUUCGGGUUAUUCUGGACUGCGACGACAACACGUUGUCGUUCGAAAAGAACUACGAGUUUUUGGGAGUGGCGUUUACGGAUUUACCCGACAAGGUGUUCUACCCGACGGUGGCGGCCGUUUACGGCAACACGGAGAUUUCGAUGGUUUACCUUGGUCCACCGUUGGACGGAUAAGACCGAGAAUGUACUUAGUCAAGUAGGAUACCAAAAAAAAGUGAAAAGUCAAGAAGAAGAAGAUAUGAGGCGAAACAUCUUCGUCCGCGUCCAAUUGACACUUUUUCGAACCACACUCUCAGACAAACACGGAAAAAAUUAUUGCAACACACUAUCAAAACUAUUUAGCAGCGUCCACCAAUUAAUCUCUGCUCGAACGGUGUUUCGAUUCGUUCUCGUUGCCCUCCCCUCCC